GUGGGGAAGUGGAACAGACAUGGGGUAGGGAAAAUGCUACAAAAACCUUCCUUUUGUGGAGUCUGAGGAAGGAUCUAGAGGCUUAAAAUUAGGUAGAAAAAUUUAUGAUAUGUUCUAUAGGUGCAGGGUUUUGCAAUUUGAGAGGAAAUUACAGUGCAAGCAAUGCACUGUAUUAAUUUAAGACUAGUAGCACCAACUAAUUUGAAACAAUUUAAAAACAAUUAAAUGGACAGGCAGACAACAGCUAUAACAUUCAUAUAAGACAUUUCCCUCAGUGCAGCUUUUACCCUUUUAAAAGAAGGAAGAAUCCAAGCAUAUGAAAGAUGUGGGGGAUUUAGUGUCAUUUCUAAUGGUAUUGUCAGUGUUUCUCUUCUUGAGUCCUUAGAAAAUCCAUCAGACAGCAAAGAUGGAAGAGUUUAGUUGAAGCAAUUUCAGGUACCUUAAAGCUACCAGGGAGGGCCCCUUAGCACCACUGUCCAGCCUUUGGUGGCCCAGAGUUGGAAUUAGAACUGCAGAAGGUUACCCUAAAUAAGCUUGCUGCAGGACUUACAUGUGCACAGUUAGACUUUUCUGAGAAAAACUACUUGAGUUAAAGUUUGUGUUAAAAUACUGAAAAGCAUUUUCCUUUUCCACAGAAGAAAUCUGUAUCCCUGACCUGCAGCAACAGCUAUUUCUAAUAUUUGAUGUGUUGGUUCUUCCAGCCCAAAGUACAGCUUUGCAGGCUUCCGUCUUGGCUCCAGCACAUCUUGAAUUUUCUUCUCAGGCACUAAGCCUCCAUUAACAUGAACUUAGUCUUUAGUAACUGUCAAGCUGGUUCUAUUUUACCUGAAGACAAAACAAAGGUAGGAGCAGAAGAGAGAAGCUAAGAUAAAGAAGGGUUUACUCCCACAUGCCUGUGCUGUUGGUAUCCCUGCAGCGAUCCAGAUGCUCGCAAGCCAGCCAAGCAGCUUCUGCAUUGCCUGUAAUGACAUCUUAGAUUGCAGCAAAGGCAAAAGGAGGGAUUUAAUCAAUGACAGCAGCACUGCAGUCUGUCCUUACGCUAUCAAACACAGCUCCCCAGCCCUGGUUUGCUUGUAUUCACUGCUGGCCAAGGUAGUACGGGAGGUUUAAUAGUGUGUGAAACAUUAGGGCUGCUAAAAAUCCACCUUGGGUGUUCUGAAUAACCUCCCUGGUUACUUUUCUCCCCCAAACAUUGGAAUAUUCUAUUUCCCUAACUACUGUUUAGCUCAGGGAUUUUUCCCUUAAAUGGCCGUAGUCUUAGGUUACUUGUCAGCUUCAAAAGACAUCACACGUGCAACAUUUUUGUCCUGUCAGCUGGUAGUGGUUUUCAAAACAGGAUGCCUAUUUUUUCCCCUGAUUAUUUCCAAGUGAGACACAGAAGUCUGAGCUUUUGUUUUCAGUUGGUUAUACAGGUUCAACCUGGUGAUUCAUUCUUCCUGCAGCUACAUUUCCAGGAAAAGACAAAGCCCUGGCUCUUCUCCAAGUUAUCCAAGUAAGAGCAGCAAGCACUCCUCCCCCAGCUGUGACACUUUCUAAGAAGGGAGAAAUUGAACAAAACACAUCCCAGAGUUGGUGUCAUCACCCUGCAGAUAGGCAAGGAGGUGCAUGACCUUGGAAAGGCAUGUGCAGUACCAAGUCAGGGGGAAGGUAACAGCAAUUUACUGGAUUUAAGAUUCUCAGCCCUGUGAAGCACAACUAAAUGUGUGCAACGAGCCAUUCUCCAUUUCUGGGACUGAUGGUGACUGUGGAGCUGGAUGGUUUACAGGAAAUUCUGCAAUUUCGUUUCAAGCCUUUUAGAAGACUUUCAUCUUCUUGUUGCAGUUGGUGUGGACAAGAACAUAUGCCUGGAGUUGGGAAUUUUUCAAGAGUUAUUACUCAUAAAGAAGCUGGGUGUUGCUCACACUACACCUAUUAACAGGAUCACCUGGUUCUGCAGAAAAUACACCCAGCAACAGGUUUUGUCAUAUUAUCCUGAUUUAGCCUUGGAAUCUAAUCCAUCUGAUCAUCCCAGAGCAAGCACAAUUUUCCUGAGCAAGUCACAAACAGAUGUGCGAGAGAAGAGGAAGAGUAACCAUAUAAAUCAUGUUUCUCCUGGGCAGCUUACGAAGAAAUACAGCUCAUGCUCUACAAUAUUUAUAGAUGACAGCACUGUCAGUCAGCCUAACCUUAGAAGCACAAUAAAGUGUGUAACAUUAGCAAUAUUCUACCAUAUAAAGAACAGAGAUUCUGACAGAUCAUUGGAUAUUUUUGAUGAAAAGUCUCACCCUCUCACACGGGAGGAGGUGCCAGAUGACUACUACAAGCACGACCCUGACCACAAGCACAUCUACCGCUUCGUCCGGACGCUCUUCAGCGCGGCGCAGCUGACGGCGGAGUGUGCAAUAGUCACACUGGUUUAUUUGGAAAGGCUUUUAACCUAUGCAGAGAUUGACAUAUGCCCUAGUAACUGGAAGAGGAUAGUCCUAGGAGCUAUUCUGCUGGCUUCUAAAGUCUGGGAUGAUCAAGCUGUGUGGAAUGUGGAUUAUUGCCAAAUACUGAAGGACAUUACUGUUGAGGACAUGAACGAGAUGGAAAGACACUUCUUGGAGCUACUGCAGUUUAAUAUCAAUGUUCCUGCCAGUGUUUACGCCAAAUACUACUUUGAUCUUCGCUCCCUAGCAGAUGACAAUAACCUGAGCUUUCUGCUGGAGCCUCUCAGUAAAGAGAGAGCACAGAAGCUGGAGGCCAUCUCCCGGCUGUGUGAAGACAAAUACAAAGACUUGUCCAAAGCUGCUAUGAGACGAUCUUUCAGUGCUGAUAACUUGGUUGGUAUCCGCCGUUCGAAUGCCAUCCUCUCCUGAGGAGAGAGCGAGCUGCAGCAGCAGGAGCAGCGUCCCAGGAGCCGCAGGGAUCACCAGGCCAGCCAGCCGGGAUGGGCUCUGCAGCAAGGGCCAGAGAGUCAGCCAGCCAAGGGAGCCCAGGGCUUGAGGAACAUACUUGGUGCAAAAGACAAGACUCUCUCCUCCUUCUAAUGUAUCCAGAGGUGCAAAAACAAACUUUUCUCCUUCUCUCCCCCACAGAUGUUUGCUUACUAUGUAGGCCUAUAGCUGUGAACUCUUGAGGUUUUUAAUAAUAAGUAGUUUUAAAUUUUAGAAUUUAAACACUAACCACAUGACUAUAGUUACAAUGUUCUUCCCUCCUCUCCCCUGUCAUCCAGAGUCUUCGCUGCAUUUGUAUUUCAGGUCAAUGCAGUGUUAACAAAAACAACACAUGGGACUCUUAAAGUAUAAAGCCACUCUGGAGCUGAAAACAGUAGCAUAGACACGUGUUGAUGGCUUUUCCCUGGUUUGGCUACUAAAAGCUGCUAUUAUUGGUGAUGUGUUCAUACCAAGAAGCUGCCCAGCAGAAGGAAUUCCAUCUCUGCGCCCACAACUUCACUCCAGUAAAGAUUGUCAAAAGACUUUGAAUGUUUUGACUGGGGGCAGAGAUAUGGUUUUAUGUAUUGUUAAAAUGUAUAGGGUCCAUGCUGCAUUUCUUGUGAAUUAUGGUGCUUCUCUCAUUUUCUAAUACUUCUAUUGCUCUGGAAGAGAUGUAAUCUGUGUAUUUUUCUGAGGCAUUGAAUGAAAAAGUUGGUCUGGAAACAUCAUCACCAUCCCAAACAGUGUAGCAAUCCAGUGGUGAAUGGCGUGUGUGCAGCACUGCUUCUCUGAGUUCUACUGCAGAUCUCUUGUGCUAUAUACAGUGAGUUCCUAAAGCUGAUAUUGUGCAUCCUUCUGGCUCUCCUUGGGUUUCAGUUUCCUGGGAGGAAGUUACAUUCAUAAUGAGACAAUAAUGAGUCUGAGAAUCCUGGACUACCUAUCACGGUAGAUGGAAAGAUAUUGUGUUCAACUGAGAAUUAUCAAAAAGCUUUCUAUAAACUUUUUUUUUUUCCCAAAGUGAAUUUUAUCUUGUGCAACUGCUCUAGAGGAUUGGGGUUUGCUCUUUCUGAGACUUUAGAACAGAGCUUACUGUCAAGCUCUGAAACUGAACUUUAAACAGGAUAAGUAUUAUUGUAGACUCUUCCUGUUACAAGUCUUUGUAGUAUCUUCCCUUCUUGGAUCCAAAUAGGUUCUAGGCAGUGUCCUAGGAGCAGAUCUCCCUCCCAAUGACACGGGUUUUGUGCACUUCCUCUUACGGCCAAGGCCCAGAAACGUACACUGAACAACAAGUCCAUCUGCCUUUGGGAGUGGGGCUGUGUGAGUGCCCUCCCCAGUGGGGCUGCACUCAGCUCUUCAAGUGAUGCAUACAGCCUUUUGCAGUAUGCAAACGUGCCAGCCCUGGCUCCCAAACCCACGGGACUUGGCACUUCAGGUAUUGAGCACAGUUCAAUACUGAAAAUAACACUACAUCUUCAGGUGGUUUUCCUUUCUCAUGUUUGUAUUAAAAGAAAAGCUAAUAAACUCUAUUUUAAUUAAAGUUAAA